AUGUCUGCCGAGCAAGAUAAGAAGGUUCAAGACACUACAAAAGAAGAGAACAAGUCUUCUUUUGGUUCUGAAGAAGUCGCUGCAAAGCAGACUGAAGAAGCUAAAGCUGUCUUUGGUGAUAGCGGUGAAAAAAAAGAUGGAAAGUCUGAAUCUGCUCCUAACGAGGAAAACAAGGCCGCUGAAGGAGAGGACGAUAAUGAACCUGUAUCUCCAGAGGUCCACUUUGAACCUAUCGUCAAGUUGAAUGCCGUUGAGACCAAAACUAACGAAGAAGAUGAGGAAGUUGUUUUUAAGAUGCGUGCCAAGCUUUUCCGUUUUAAUAAGAACGCUAGUGAAUGGAAGGAGCGUGGUACUGGUGAUGCCCGUCUUUUAAAACAUCAAGGAAGCGGAAAGACCCGCUUGGUUAUGCGUCGUGACAAGACUUAUAAAGUUUGUGCCAACCACUUGUUGAUGCCCGAAAUGAAAUUGACUCCCAACGUUGGUAGCGACCGUAGCUGGGUUUGGACCGUUGCUGCUGAUGUUAGUGAAGGUGAACCUUCUACCGAGACAUUUGCUAUCCGUUUUGCUAAUUCUGAAAAUGCCAAUUUGUUCAAGGAAAACUUCUUGAAAUACCAAGAAGAAAAUGCCGAAGCGGCCAAGAAAAAUUAA